AUGCAAGACCGACUCAUGCGCAGCACAGAGUACAUCCUUAUGGUAAGGUUUGCCGAUCCUGACGCCAACCAACCCCCUCCUGUCCCCUGGUCCCCGACCUACCGACCCCGGGUCCUGAGUCCUACGUUUGUCGAUCCAGAACUGAGGAGCGACGAAAACGAUCAUACGUCGUACUGGUGGCCUAACCUGAGUCCGGCCCAGACGGGAAUCUCAGUCAGCGUCGUUGCCUUCUACUCAAAGAAGCCGCCGAGCCGUCUUGCAGUAGACCGCCCUGGCGUCCUUCAGGUCCAACGCCUCGAGUGGUAUCCGACCGCUUUCCCGCUUGACAUCUGUCCCAACGAGGUUCCGGGUUUCGUUCUCCAGUUCUACAACCAGCCGCCCGGGAGCAGUUACAGGAGCUGUCCCUCAAACCGUCCUCUUGCGGCUUGGUCGUCUCCAUUCUUCCUCCAGAUCUUCCGCCCCCGAUAG